AUGCAUUCUUAUAUCCACCAACAUUGUUCUUCUCCUCGAUCAGCUGCAAGCAUAGCAACUCUUCUCAAAGCUUGCAAGAGAAUCCAACAUCUUCAGCAAGUUCAUGCUUCCAUCGUUCAAAGAGGCCUUGAACAAGACCAGUUCCUCAUUUCGCAUUUCAUUUCACUUGCCAAUACUCUUUCCACUUCCACUCUCUCAUAUUCAUCGUCCGUCUUUGAUCGUGUUAUCAAUCCCUCUACCUUCCUCUGGAACACUCUCAUCAUAACGCAUUGUCAGAGAAGCUUGUUUUCUAAUACCCUUUUCGAUUUUAUUCGUAUGAAAGCGGAAGGGGCUUUACCCGAUAGGUACACUUACCCUUCUGUGAUUAAAGCUUGUUCCGGUACUUGUAAGGUUUUGGUAGGAAAAUCGGUUCAUGGGUCGGUGUUGAGGUGUGGGUUGGACGAGGAUGUGUUUGUGGGCACCAGUUUGAUUGAUAUGUAUGGGAAAUGUGGGGAGGUUGGUGAUGCUCGUAAGGUGUUUGAUCGAUUGUCUGAGAGAAAUGUGGUUUCUUGGACUGCUUUGGUUGUUGGGUAUGUCACUGUUGGGGAUGUGGUUGAGGCGAAGAGGAUGUUUGAUGAAAUGCCGCUGAGGAAUGUGGCUUCAUGGAAUGCUAUGAUUCAGGGUUUUGUUAAGGUUGGAGAUUUAAGUAGUGCUAGGGGUGUAUUUGAUUCUAUGACUAAGAAGAAUGUAGUUUCUUUCACGACUAUGAUUGAUGGAUAUGCUAAGGCUGGUGAUAUGGCAGCGUCGAGGUUCUUGUUUGACCAGGCUGCAGAAAAGGAUAUUGUUGCCUGGUCUGCUUUAAUAUCGGGUUAUGUACAGAAUGGUCAGCCUAAUCAGGCGCUGACGGUGUUUCUUGAGAUGGAAUCAAUGAAUGUGAAACCUGACGAGUUCAUUUUGGUUGCCUUGAUGUCGGCUGUGUCUCAGUUGGGUCAUUUAGAUUUGGCUCAAUGGGUUGAUUCUUAUGUUGGCAACAACUCUAUUGAUCUUCAGCAAGACCAUGUGAUUGCAGCACUUGUGGAUAUGAAUGCAAAGUGUGGAAACAUGGAGAGGGCGUUGAAGUUAUUUCGAGAAAUGCCUAAGAGAGAUUUAGUCUCGUAUUGUUCGAUGAUUCAGGGGUUUUCAAUUCACGGGCAUGGGGAAGAUGCCGUGAAUCUAUUUAAUAGGAUGCUGAUGGAAGGGAUAAUUCCAGAUGAGGCGGCCUUCACAAUUGUCCUGACAGCUUGUAGUCAUUCUGGGCUUGUUGACGAGGGUUGGAACUACUUCAACUCCAUGGAGGAAAAUUAUGGCAUUAGUCCUACACCUGAUCAUUUUGCAUGUAUGGUUGAUCUUCUAAGCCGGUCUGGGCAUUUAAGGGAUGCUUAUGAACUUAUAAAAUCCAUGCACGUGGAGCCGAAUGCUGGUGCCUGGAGUGCACUUUUUGGAGCAUGUAAACUACAGGGCGAUUCAGAGUUAGGAGAGACUGUUGCGAAUCGUCUUUUUGAACUUGAGCCUCAAAAUGCUGCUAACUAUGUGCUGUUGUCCAACAUCUAUGCAUCAGCAGAUCGAUGGAAAGAUGUUUCCCUUGUGAGAAGUAAGAUGAAGGAAAGAGGAGUGCGGAAGAUACCUGGUUGCAGUAAACUUUAG